CAACUCCCAUGAUCCUUUACCGCGGGCCAGCGAGGCGCGUGCGUAUUGAGUGGAAUAGGUGGGCGUUGAGCGGGAUGGUUACUGCAUCCGCCGCUGGUACUGGUCUAUGUUUGUCGCCGGCGUGAAGGGGGCAGGGAGGGAAGAGAAGACAGCCCCAGGUUCCAAGCAGUAUCUUGUUUUUCCUCUAUGCAGAAUGUCUCAACAAUUAUAAGCUGGCUGCAACUGACAUAAUGUCAUGCUAAAAACCAGACUUUCGCUUUUGUGUGCAAAAGUCGGGUUUAGCUGAAGUGCAAGGUUAGCAAGAGAAAACUGAAAAAUAGUCAAUGACGAGAGUGCAAGCAGUAGCUGGUGAAACAAUGAAGUAGCAAUACUGUUUUAAGACAAAGAAAUGCAGAGCUGACAUUAAAUGAUGCCAGCAAAUCAACCUUGCUGUACCUCCCUUUUUGGAAGCAUACUACUAGCAAGUUGCCGUGUUAUGCAAUAAUGGGGCACUAGAUGUUUGGAAGUGGCCUGUGUCUGAAUUGGCAUUUCGCUUUUUGCUUGAGUUUGGGAAUUUGCCAUGUGCGUGCAUGUGAAUGUACAACUGCCUGUUCGACUUCAGUGAUGCCAUUUAUGGAAUUCCAAACUCCCUAAAAAAGUAAUUCUGCCUGAUUAUUCAUAUAAAAGCGCAAACUUGCAAUUUGAACUCCGACUGACAAAAUAAUUAAACAUUUCUCAUGAAAAAUGACAACAAAGGAACAAAGCCCUCGGCACGUUAAAGCCAGAUCAAUGCAGCGAGCUUCAACAUUUGAUAUGUCUUCAGAUAUGUUAAGUUUAUCUCUUACAGCUAACAGCCAGGAUCCAGAUGAACCAAUUUUGGAAUUUAGUUUAGCUUGUAGUGAAUUGAUCACUCCCUCCUUGGACAGGAAGCCUAAUAGUUUUGUAGCAGUAAGUGUAACAACCCCACCACAAGCCUUCUGGACCAAGCAUGUACAGACUGAGAUUAUAGAGGGUACCAACAAUCCUAUAUUUCUAAGUAGUGUUGCAUUUUUCCAGGAUUCUCUCAUCAAUCAAAUGACGCAAAUUAAGCUUUCAGUGUAUGAUGUCAAGGACAGAUCUCAGGGAACUAUGUAUCUGUUGGGUUCUGCUAUGUACACCGUAAAGGAUUUGUUGAAAGAGAAAAAUCACCGAUUGCACCUAACACUACGGUCUGCUGAAAAUGAGCGUGUGGGUAAUAUUACUGUGAUAGCUUGGCAGAUGGAAGGCAAAAUUGAGGACAAGAUUCCUGUCAGCCGGUCACCUGACACCACCAAUGGAAGGAUGGUUUUGCCGGUUGACGAAAGUUUAACAGAAUCUUUGAGUAUUCGUUCAAAACACUCUUCACUGAAGAAAGAUCCACUAUUACGAUCAGUGUUUGGGGGCGUUAUCUGUCGGAUGUAUCGUUUCCCUACAACUGACGGGAACCACCUACGGAUACUGGAGCAGAUGGCAGAGAGCAUGUUGUCACUGCAUAUCCCAAGACAAUUUGUAAAACUGGUUAUUGAAGAAGAUGCAGCAAGGAUAUGUGAAUUAGAUGAUCUAGGUGAGCUAUCCCCCUGCUGGGAGAAUCUUCGAAGACAAAUUGUAACUCAGUACCAGACCCUCAUAAUAAAUUACCAGGAGAAUUUAACAGAGCUGCAUCAAUAUAAAGGUCCUUCUUUCAAGGCAAGCAGUUUAAAAGCUGAGAAGAAAUUAGAAUUUGUACCUACUAAUUUGCACAUUCAGCGGAUGCGGGUUCAAGAUGACUCUGGGACAGAUCAGACAUAUGACAUAAUUACUAUUGGGGCGCCAGCAGCUCACUGUCAGGCCUUCAAAUCUGGGGGCUUACGAAAACUUCUGGUCAAGUUUGUAGAAGCCAAGAAAAACGUUUAUGAGGAGGGUUGUUCUUCAUCUAGCUCCCAGUCUAUAGUAUACAUACCACAAGACAUAAUAAGAGCUAAAGAGAUUAUAGCAAGUAUUAAUACCCUUAAAACGCAAGUCAGUUAUUAUGCAGAGCGACUAUCAAGAGCAGCUAAGGAGAGAUCGGCAAAUGGCCUUGAAAGAACACUUGCUAUUUUGGCAGACAAGACAAGACAACUUGUCACUGUUUGUGACUGCAAGUUACUGGCAAAUGCAGUUGAAGCCCUUAAUGCUGCCAGACCCAAUUAUAUCGCUUCUAAAUCAUCCCCAUCAGGCGAGGCAGAUCAAGUGAUGCUGAGAAAUGACCAGGAUACACUUAUGGCCAAGUGGAUGGGCAGGAAUAGCCGCUCUUCCCUACACGUUGGUUGGCAUGAGGAGGAAUGGGAGAAGGUGUGGCUUAACGUUGAUAAAAGUUUGGACUGUAUUAUUCAGAGGGUGGACAAACUUCUCCAAAAAGAACGGUUACAUAGUGAUAGCUGUGAAGAUGUUUUUCAGUGUGAUACUACCUCUGCCAGCAAGAAAGGUAACCAAGAAUAUCGUGCAUACUGGAUAAAUCCAGGGGACUUAGAUGAGAAAUGUUCUCGAUCUCCAUCAUCAUGUCGUUCAUCCAAUAACAGAGCUGCGUAUUGCCACUCCACUGCAGAGGACCCUACCGAAGGUGAAUGGAGUGAAGCACUUUAUCCUCUGUUGACCACACUCACUGAUUGCGUAGCUAUGAUGAGUGACAAGGCAAAGAAAGCUAUGGUAUUUCUACUAAUGCAGGACAAUGCUCCAACUAUAGCAAUGGACUUAACUAUCCAGUACCGCAGAGACGUGGUCUUCUGCCAAACUCUGACAGCCCUGAUCUGUGGUUUUAUUAUUAAACUAAGAAACUGCCUUCGUGAUGACGGAUUUUUGCGCCAGCUUUACACCAUUGGCUUGUUGGCACAAUUUGAAGGUCUUUUAAGUACAUAUGGGGAGGAACUUGCAAUGCUCGAAGAUAUGAGCACAGGAAUUAUGGAUUUACGAAACGUGACUUUUAAAGUAAUCCAAGCUAUGUCUGCUUCGUCAGUUGAUAUGCUUCCUGUCAUUACUGGAAACCGAGAUGGAUUUAAUGUGCGAAUACCACUACCUGGUGCUAUGUUUGAUGCCUUACCUCGGGAAAUACAGAGUGGAAUGUUACUUCGAGUGCAGCCAGUGCUAUUUAAUGUGGGUAUCAAUGAGCAGCAAACACUCGCAGAAAAGUUUGGAGACACAUCUUUACAAGAAGUAAUUAAUGCCGAGAGUUUGGGCCGUCUGAACUCCUACUAUGAGCAGUUUAAGGAGGUUUUGCCUGAUGAUUGUUUACCUCGAUCCCGGAGUCAGACGUGUCUGCCUGAACUAUUGAGAUUUCUUGGCCAAAAUGUUCAUGCAAGAAAGAAUAAGAAUGUAGACAUCCUUUGGCAAGCCGCUGAGAUUUGUCGUAGAUUGAAUGGGGUUCGAUUUACAAGCUGUAAAAGUGCCAAGGACCGAACAGCUAUGUCAAUCACUUUGGAACAGUGCCUGAUCUUGCAGCAUGAGCAUGGAAUGGCACCUCAAGUUUUCACACAGGCCCUGGAUUGUAUGAGGAGCGAGGGAUGUCGCCGAGAAAACACGAUGAAGAAUGUUGGAUGUCGCAAGUACGCAUUUAAUAUUCUACAAUUGAAGGCUUUUCCAAAACAUUACAGACCACCAGAAGGAACGUUUGGAAAAGUCGACACUUAAAAUAGGAAAAAGACCUUAACCAAAUGUGACUGCUAUGAAUGACUACUCAUUUCUAGUAAUAGUUGUGGGGUUUUUAACAGUGAAACAUACAUAGUAAAGAUAGCUGUCCACCAAAAAGAGUAGCUGUUGAACGGUUAAAUGUUUCUUGAGAUGUAAAUGUUCCACCAUCCCCCAAUUUGGUCUUUUUCCUCUGUAUAUGUAGAGCAUGCUGUUUUGGUUAGUUUGUCAAUAUGUAAUAUAGUACAUGAUAGAGUAGAUUGUGGGACUGCCAUUUGAAAAGAAUUUUUGUUUUUUUAAAAAAAAAAAUUGAGGCACACAGGAAGGGAAUGUCCCUCAGUGAAAGCAGUACACAAUGGCUGGACAUUGACUAUUGUUGAAAAGCUGAGGGUAAUCAGUUCCAAAUCUGUGUACGCUUCAGGUGGCUUACUAGGUAAGAGUCUUAGUUAUGUGUUUUACAGAGAGCAGGUCAUAUGGAACUUGAAGAUGUGUUUUUUCACUACUUUUGAGAAUAAGAGAACUAUUUGCUUGAGCUUUCCAAUUCAGUCACCAAUACAGAUUAAACCAAAACAUUGUGCAUUGCAUUUGCAGUUAGGUUGCCCGAACCGAUGACAAUAGCUCCUGUUUUACAGAAUAUCUGCUAACAUAUCUACUUUCCUAAUCAUAGCAGUAAAAACACAGCUCAGUCAUGGUCUUGUCAAAAAUGUGCACUUUUUAGUUUCUGUUAGAUCUGAGUUUGUCCAAAGGGCAUUGAGUUUACACACGAAACAACAUUACAAUUCCAGAAAGAGAAAAGGAGAUGUCACUUCUUUCUCAAGAUUCACGCUGAAGUUUCAAAAAUUUGAAUGCCUUUGAACAUUGAGGAAAGAAAAGGCCAUGCAAUUCAUUAAAGCUUGUCUCCAUGCUUAUCGCAGCUUUUCCCACAUUAGAAACGUUCAAAUUUGCAUUCAAUGUUUUGCAUCCAUUCUAGUUUCUGAAACUGGUUCCCUUUAUACUCGCAACUCUAAUUAUUUCUUAGCCAUAUUCAUAAGACCAUCCUUAUGGUUUAAUAAUAAAUCCCAUAUCUCUUGUCCUAUUUUAUUUAUGUCCUUGGAGAAAAGGCUACUUUUUCUGGCUUCAUAACAAUAUUGUAAUCUUUUUUGACUGAGCUCAGCUCUAAUUUUACCUUGGUUAUCAAGGAAGGGAUGUAUAUUAAAGUAACUAUUGUUUAAACAUAGGAGUUGGAUCAGAUCAUUUGUAUUUCCAUGCAACUUGAUUAGUUUUAAAACAAAUGGUUGCUGCAGAACACUUCUUGUAUCCUUAAAGUGCCCGACAAUACAGCUGAGAUGUGGAAUUUUCUAAGGGCACUGAGGGUCAUUUUCACUGAGGGUCAUUGAAGAGUUAUAUAAUUUGUGUGUUUUGAAAAGUUACACUGUGGUCUGUGGCAUCUAAACUGCAUUACAUAUCUGCCAGACUCUCAACAGUCAUACACAUUCCACUUGCUUCUGUGUAUGUAUUAGACAAAUAUGGAAGUUAAUGCCCUAUGAGUUUCUACAUUUCAAGGCACAUGCUUGCAUUAACAUCUGCUCUCAAAAAUAACCUGGGGUCCUUGUAUAUAAACACCCUAAUAGAGUGAAUAAAAUGUUUUCAUUGCACUGUUGAUUUUUAAGGGAAUGGCACUCAAUGUAUUUACAAGGUUUACAGAAUUUUUAAUCUUUGUCGAACAUAUUUGUUGCUGUUUUACAUGAUGCAAAAGCAAGUUGACAUAAAAUAAUUUUAUUCAGAGCAAAUUAUGCAGAAUUGUAUCUUAAUUGUUUUUUCUUUUACCGUUGCUCCAAAAGUAUUGCAUUUCAUAUAAAGAUUCUCUCCAUGUACCAUACGAUAAAGAAAAUAUGCCACUAAUGUCACCAGAAGACCAAUCAGUCAGAAUAGAUUUGUAAAUAGCUCUGCAGGAUAAAUUUGCUCACUUUCAAUUUAGCUGGCGUAAAUGUUUUUACAUUUAGGGCCAUUUGUAUAACACAGCAACCUUCUUUCAAUUCAAAAGCAUCCAUCAAAAGUUUCUCUUAAGUAGAAAACGGUCUGUUUGGAAAGCUGAAAAGGUCUUCGUUGAGAAUAUUGUAAUAGAUGAAAACUAAGUGGUACUUGUACACAGUUUAUUAUGUUGUAACAUACUGGUAACGUUUGCCAGUUCUGUAAAUUAAUGAGUAAUGCUUAUCAUAGCCAUGUUAACUUGGGGAUGCGCUUAUGAUUUAAGUCCGCUUUUUCAUGUAAAUAAUGUAUAUGAACAACCAUUCCGUCCAAAACUGUUCAUGUUUCAUGUAAUCUUUUUUGCAAAUUUUAUUUAUUUAUGUUUGCAGUAUUCAAAUUGUUUAAAGCAUUUACCAGUGGAAUUAUUUUUGUUUCCUCUGAUCGCAUUAAAUUCAUGUAAGCUGUAUAAUGUGCUUCUCCAAGCGGUAUGAAAUAUUAAAAGGAAACUGCCAUGUU